AUGGCGGCGGAGAAGGAGGCGAGCCAGGAGAGCGCCUUGGGCGCGUACUCGCCGGUGGACUACAUGAGCAUCACGAGCUUCCCGCGGCUGCCGGAGGAUGAGCCGGCUCCUGCCGUCCCGCUGCGCUGCCGCAAGGACGAGGACGCGUUCUUGGGGGACCCAGACACAGAUCCUGACUCUUUUCUGAAGUCUGCCCGGCUACAGCAGCUACCCUCAUCUUCCUCAGAGAUGGGCAGCCAGGAUGGGUCCCCUCUAAGGGAGACCAGCAAGGACCCCUUUGCAGCUGCAGCAGAGUGUUCCUGCCGCCAAGAUGGACUCACAGUCAUCGUCACAGCCUGCCUCACUUUUGCAACUGGGGUCACGGUGGCCCUUGUCAUGCAGAUCUACUUUGGGGAUCCCCAGAUCUUCCACCAGGGUGCAGUUGUCACAGAUGCUGCCCAUUGCACAGCCCUGGGCAUUGAGGUGCUGAGUAAAGGUGGCUCUUCUGUGGAUGCUGCUGUGGCUGCUGCCCUGUGUGCUGGCAUUGUGGCUCCUCACAGUUCUGGCCUUGGUGGGGGAGGAGUGAUGCUUGUCCAUGACAUCCGGAGGAAUGAGAGCCGCCUGAUUGACUUUCGGGAGACUGCUCCUGGCGCCCUUCGGGAGGAAGCCCUGCAAAGAUCCUGGGAGACCAAGCCGGGUCUCCUUGUGGGGAUCCCAGGAAUGGCCAAGGGGCUGUAUGAAGCUCAUCAACUCUAUGGAAGGCUGCCCUGGUCCAAGGUUCUGGCAUUCGCCUCAGCUGUAGCCCAGGAUGGCUUCAAUGUGACCCAUGAUCUUGCCCAGGCCAUCCUAGCACAACCUGUGCCCAAUGCUUCAGAGCGUUUCCGGGAGAUCUUCUUUCCUGAAGGCCGGCCUCUGGUACCUGGCACAUUUGUGCGGAGGCCAGACCUGGCAGCUGUUCUGUCUUCUUUGGGCUCUGCAGGGGCCAUAGCUUUCUAUGGGGGUGGCAACCUCACCCAGGAGAUGGUGUCAGAGGUGCAGCACCAUGGUGGAGUCUUGACGGAGGAGGAUUUCAGUAACUACAGUGUGUUAGUGGAGAAGCCUGUGCGUGGCGUAUACCGAGGCCACUUGGUGCUCAGCCCCCCACCCCCUCACACAGGACCUGCCCUCAUUGCUGCCCUGAACAUUCUAGAGGGCUUCAACCUUACCAGCCUGGUGUCCAGGGAGCAGGCUCUGCACUGGGUAGCUGAGACCCUGAAGAUUGCUCUGGCCUUGGCUAGCAGACUGGGAGAUCCCUUCUAUGAUUCAACCAUCUCUGAGAGCACAGAAGACAUGCUCAGCAAGCUGGAGGCUGGGUACCUUCGGGGCCAUAUCAACGAUUCACAGGCAGACCCUGGCUCACUGCUGCCUGCCUAUGAGCUGGAUGGUGGUGCCACAGCUGCACAGGUGCUGGUGAUGGGGCCUGAUGACUUCAUUGUAGCUGUGGUCAGCUCACUGAACCGCCCUUUUGGCAGUGGCCUCAUCACACCCUCUGGGAUCCUGCUGAACAGCCAGAUGCUGGACUUCUCCUGGCCCAAUAAAACGGCAAACCACUCAGCACCCAGCCUGGAGAAUGCCAUUCAUCCUGGGAAGAGGCCACUGUCCUUCCUGCUGCCCACCGUGGUGAGGCCAGCUGAAGGACUUUGCGGGACUUACCUGGCACUGGGGGCCAAUGGUGCUGCCCGAGGACUUAGCAGCCUCACCCAGGUCCUGGUGAACGUGCUGACUAUGAACAGAAAUCUGAGUGACAGCCUAUCCCUAGGGCGCCUCCACCCUGAGCUCCAAUCCAACAUCCUUCAGGUGGACAGUGAAUUCACAGAGGAAGAGGUUGAGUUCCUGGAGGCUAGGGGCCAUCGGGUUGAGAAGGUAGACGUUCUGUCCUGGGUCCAUGGAGGUCGGAGAACCAACAAUUUCAUCAUUGGGGUGAAGGACCCUCGAAGCCCUGAUGGAGCGGGUGCCACUAUCUUGUAG